AUGGCUCAGCAGGGAGUUCUGCUGGACCAGGACCAGUUCUGUUGUUCUGUCUGUCUGGAUCUACUGAAGGAGCCAGUGGCUAUCCCCUGUGGACACAGUUACUGUAGAAGCUGUAUUGAGGGCUGCUGGGAUCAGGAUGUUCUGAAAGGGGUCUAUAGCUGUCCUCAGUGCAGAGAGACCUUCACUCCAAGGCCUAAUCUGAGGAAAAAUAACAUGUUGGCUGAAGUGGUGGAGAACCUGAAGAAGACAGGACUCCAGGCUGCUCCCCCUCCUGCUCUGUGCUAUGCUGGACCUGGAGAUGUGGCGUGUGAUGUCUGCACUGGGACCAGAAAGCAGAAAGCCCUCAUGUCCUGUUUGGUGUGUCUGGCCUCUUACUGUGAGACUCACCUCCAACCUCACUAUGAAUCUCCUGCUUUCAAGAAGCACAAGCUGGUCAAAGCCACUGCACAACUACAGGAGAAGAUCUGCUCUCAUCAUGACAAACUGCUGGAGGUUUACUGUCGUACCGAUCAGCAGUGUAUCUGUUAUCUGUGUACAAUGGAUGAACAUAAAGGCCAUGAUACAGUGUCAGCUGCAGCAGAGAGGACUGAGAAACAGAGGCAGCUGGGGAUGAGUCAGCAGAAAGUCCAGCAGAGAUUCCAGGAGAGAGAGAAGGAGCUGAAGGAGCUCCAACAGGCUGUGGAGUCUCUCAAGCGCUCUGCACAGGCAGCAGUGGAGGACAGUGAUAAGAUCUUUACCGAGCUGAUCCGCUCCAUUGAGAGAAGGCGCUCUGAGGUGAAGGAGCUGAUCAGAGCCCAAGAGAAGGCUCAAGUGAGUCAAGCUGAAGGACUCCUGGAGCAACUGGAGCAGGAGAUAGCUGAGCUGAGGAAGAGAAGCACUGAGCUGGAGCAGCUCUCACACACAGAGGAUCACAUACAUUUCCUCCAGAGAUAUCAGUCUCUCUCCGGUACCAGUGUAUCUUCAGACUUACCCAGCAUCGUUGUCCGUCCUCUUCAGUACUUUGGAGAUGUGAGUAAGACUGUGUCUGAACUGAGAGAGAAACUAGAAGACGUCCUUAAAGGAGAAUGGACCAAGAUCUCCACUACAGUGAAUAUAGUGGAUGUUGUACUGCCUCCAGAGCCCAAGACCAGAGAACAGUUCUUACAAUGGAAUUCCUGUCAGCUCACACUGGACCCAAACACAGCACAGACACUCCUCUCUCUGUCUGAAGGGAACAGAAAGGUGACACGUACAGGCCAAGUCCAACCAUAUCCUGAUCAUCCAGACAGAUUCACAUACUACUACCAGGUUCUGUGUAGAGAGGGUCUGUCUGGACGCUGUUACUGGGAGGUGGAGUGGAGUGGGUGGUUUGUUACAGCAGUCUCAUAUAAAGACAUCAGCAGAACAGAGACAGAUGGUGGAUUUGGAGCGAAUGACAAGUCCUGGAGUUUAGAGUGUCGUAGAGGUGGUUAUUGGUUCAGACACAAUAAUGUUGUGACUAAAGUAUCAGGCCCUCAGUCCUCCAGAGUAGGAGUGUACCUGGAUCACAAGGCAGGUACUCUGUCCUUCUACAGUGUCUCUGACACAAUGACCCUCCUCCACAGAGUCCAGACCACAUUCAUUCAGCCCCUCUAUCCUGGGUUUUAUCUCUAUAAUGCUACGGGAGAGAGCACCAAAAUGGCAGAGAAUCAGGAACUGUUCUGUUGCUCCAUCUGUCUGGGUCCACUGAAGGAUCCGGUGACUACUACCUGUGGACACAGCUACUGUAUGGGCUGUAUUAAAGAAAGCUGGGAUCAGGAUGAUCUGAAAGGGGUCUAUAGCUGUCCUCAGUGCAGAGAGACCUUCACUCCAAGGCCUAAUCUGAGGAAAAAUAACAUGUUGGCUGAGUUGGUGGAGAAACUGAAGAAGACAGGACUCCAGGCUGCUCCCCCUCCUGCUCUGUGCUAUGCUGGACCUGGAGAUGUGGCGUGUGAUUUCUGCACUGGGACCAGAAAGCAGAAAGCCCUCAUGUCCUGUCUGGUGUGUCUGGCCUCUUACUGUGAGACUCACUCCAACCUCACUAUGAAUCUCCCUGCUUUCAAGAAGCACAAGCUGGUCAAAGCCACCGCACAACUACAGGAGAAGAUCUGCUCUCAUCAUGACAAACUGCUGGAGGUUUUCUGUCGUACCGAUCAACAGUGUAUCUGUCUGCUGUGUGUGAUGAAUGAACAUAAAGGCCAUGAUACAGUGUCAGCUGCAGCAGAGAGGACUGAGAAACAGAGGCAGCUGGGGAUGAGUCAGCAGAAAGUCCAGCAGAGAUUCCAGGAGAGAGAGAAGGAGCUGAAGGAGCUCCAACAGGCUGUGGAGUCUCUCAAGCGCUCUGCACAGGCAGCAGUGGAGGACAGUGAUAAGAUCUUUACCGAGCUGAUCCGCUCCAUUGAGAGAAGGCGCUCUGAGGUGAAGGAGCUGAUCAGAGCCCAAGAGAAAGCUCAAGUGAGUCAAGCUGAAGGACUCCUGGAGCAACUGGAGCAGGAGAUGGCUGAGCUGAGGAAGAGAAGCACUGAGCUGGAGCAGCUCUCACACACAGAGGAUCACAUCCAUUUCCUCCAGAGUUAUCAGUCUCUCUCCAGUACCAGUGUAUCUUCAGACUUACCCAGCAUCGUUGUCCGUCCUCUUCAGUACUUUGGAGGGAGUAAGACUGUGUCUGAACUGAGAGAGAAACUAGAAGACGUCCUUAAAGGAGAAUGGACCAAGAUCUCCACUACAGUGAAGAUAGUGGAUGUUGUACUGCCUCCAGAGCCCAAGACCAGAGAACAGUUCUUACAAUAUUCCUGUCAGCUCACACUGGACCCAAACACAGCAGGCACAUACCUCUCUCUGUCUGAAGGGAACAGAAAGGUGACCUAUACAGGCCAAGUCCAACCAUAUCCUGAUCAUCCAGACAGAUUCACCAACUACUACCAGGUUCUGUGUAGAGAGGGUCUGUCUGGAUGCUGUUACUGGGAGGUGGAGUGGAGUGGGGAGUGUGUUACAUCAGUCUCAUAUAAAGACAUCAGCAGAACAGGGACAGAUGGUGAAUUUGGAGAGAAUAACAAGUCCUGGUGUUUAGUAUGUUAUAGUGGUGGUUAUUUUUUCAGACACAAUAAUGUUAUGACUAAAGUAUCAGGCCCUCAGUCCUCCAGAGUAGGAGUGGACCUGGAUCACAAGGCAGGUACUCUGUCCUUCUACAGUGUCUCUGACACAAUGACCCUCCUCCACAGAGUCCAGACCACAUUCACUCAGCCCCUCUAUCCUGGGUUUAAUCUCGAUAAUG